AUGCGUUCAUUCUUCGACCUCUAUUAUGGACGUGGAAGUGAAGAAUUCGAGACAAAUGACUCGUUUCCGUUAAUACUUUGGUGCUGGGCACUAAUUGGCGUAAAACCAUUGAAACCCUAUGGAUUCUUUCGGUUAUUGCAAAUGGCGUUCUGCUGGUUUUGUCUGUUCAUGAGCCCUGUGGUUUUCAUUAUUGGCUUCAUUCAACUAACGAAGCAAACGUCAUCAAUGGCCGUUAUAUUUACUACUCUGCAAGCGUCACUCAAUUCGCUGGGUCUACCGCUGAAGGCGUUCGUUACGGCCUUUUACUUAGAUCGUCUACGUAGUGUCGAACCGAUAUACAAAAGUUUGGAUGCGCGCUAUCAGAAUCCACAGGCACGUUUCGCAAUAAGGAACAACGUUACCCAAUCGACACAUAUGUUCAUAACUCUUGUCGUUUCAUAUUUCACUUAUGGCACUGUUGCUUGGCUAUCAUCAGCAUUUACGCGCACUCAAACCCUGAACAUAUGGUUGCCUUUUAUUGACUGGAUUCCACAUCCGACCAUACACUUUUGGCUUCAUUUCCUCAUCGAGGUGGUUUAUUUAUACUUUUUACUGAUCACUCAAUGCAUGAACGAUCUAUAUCCUGCUGUUUACAUCAAAGCCAUACGUACACAUAUUACUUUGCUUACGGACCGCGUCAGCAGGUUGGGCGAGGAUCCGGAGCUCACCGACGAGGAUAAUUAUCACGAAUUAGUUGAUUGCGUACGCUCGCAUCAGGAGUUAUUGCAAAUUUCUAGGGCUGUCGGCUCCGUGAUYUCCAUCACACUCUUUAUACAGUUCACAAUAGCCGCSACCRUACUCUGUGUUUGCAUGCUAAAUCUUUUUUUAUUUGCCGACGCGAGUAAUCGSGUAAUUACGAUUGUCUAUUAUCUUUGUGUGCUGACGCAAACCUCACUCGCUUGCUAUCAGGCAUCGAUGCUYGAGUUGGACUGCGCAAGGUUGCCCGAUGCGAUCUUCCAUUGCAAUUGGUGGGAUAUGGAUAAACGUUCGCGCCGUCUGUUGAUCUAUUUUAUGCAUCGCGCUCAGAAGGAAAUCUCUUUUGUAGCUAUUAAGUUUUUUAAAAUAAAUUUGGGCACUAAUUUGUCGAUCGCCAAAUUCUCAUUUUCUCUAUAUACCUUCAUGAACCAAAUGGGCGUUGGACAGGAUGUGAAGCAUGAAUUCAAAAGUGUUGGCUAA